AUGAGAGAAUUCAGGGUAUCACCAAGUGCAGACAUGUACGGGUUCAUCAACAGCUGCCUGCAGUCUCUGGUGAUGGAGAGGUUUGGCCAAGAGACCUGGGACAAGCUGAGCUCUCUACCAGGGGUCCAGGAUACCUUCAUGACAUAUACGGUUUAUGAUGAUAUCCUUACUGUGAGCCUGGUGGAGGAGGCCUGUUCACUGCUGGAUGUUUCCGCCGAUGCCUUUCUUAAACUAUUUGGAGAACAUUUCUUUAGUUUCUGCAAGCAAGCCGGCUAUGACACCAUGCUGAGGACACUGGGAGGGAAUCUAGUUGAAUUCAUUGGAAAUCUGGACGCGCUCCAUAGUUACCUGGCUCUGUCCUAUCAGGAAAUGAACGCGCCAUCUUUCCGAGUGGAGAUGACAGAUGACGGAAAGAUGCUCCUUCAUUACUAUUCUGACAGGAAGGGCCUGCACCAUAUUGUACCCGGAAUCAUGGAGGCGGUUGCCAGUGAGUUUUUUGACAGCAAAGUGACCAUGGUGGUUCUGAACCAAUCAGAGGAAGACGAGCGGACAGGGAAGACGGAGCAUGUUGUGUUUCUGGUCAAACAGACCAAACAAGCAUGCAAGACUCUAGACCAGGACCACUUCAGUCACAGAGGGGUUGGUAGCGACAGGUGUACGUGCAUGGCCUGUUUCUAUAUUUGUACUGUACAUGUGCUUUGUGUGAUUUUUCCCUAGGAGGUGUUUUUCAGAAGAAUGAGGGACAGGUGCGUGUCACUGGCUGGGACAAAGAGCGGCUGGGACCUGAUCAGAGCUGUGGUUCUCUCAGAAAAAGGUAGCACCUUCAGUCCAUGUUACCCAGACAAGCUGUGGAUGGAGGAGAAAGCUUUCUGUGAUGCUUUUCCCUUCCAUAUUAUCUUUGAUGAAGACCUGAAGGUAAAGCAGACAGGGGUGAACAUACAGAAGUUUGUCCCUGGUCUUCAGGCCAAAGAUGCUACACUGGACCAAUACUUCACCAUUGUUCACCCACAGGUGACCUUUACCAUUGAGAGCAUCAGGAAAUUCAUCAACAGCCAAUUUGUCUUGAAGAACUACAAAGACAAACACUCUGCGCUCAAGCUGAGAGGUCAGAUGUUGUGGAUGGAUUCUCUUGGAUGUAUGUUGUACCUGUGUUCUCCGAAGCUACGGAGCCUCCAGGAGCUUCAAGAUGUCGGCCUCCACCUGGCUGACCUGGCCCAGCACGACGUCACCAGGGACCUGGUUCUCCUCAACCAGCAACGUCUGGCGGAGAUGGAGCUGACCAACCAGCUGGAGAGGAAAAAAGAGGAGCUGAGAGUCCUGUCGAGGCACCUGGAGGCGGAAAAAGAGAAGACAGAGACUCUGCUGUACGCCAUGCUUCCACGUCACAUAGCCAAUCAGCUUAAAGACGGGAAGAGCGUGAAGGCAGGAGAGUUUGAGGUGUGCACUAUUUUGUUCAGCGAUGUGGUGACCUUCACAAACAUCUGUGCUGCCUGUGAGCCCAUCGACAUUGUUCACAUGCUCAACUCCAUGUACUCCAAGUUCGACCGACUCACCAACAUACAUGACAUCUACAAGGUUGAGACUAUUGGCGAUGCGUACAUGGUGGUGGGUGGCGUUCCAGUCCCGACAGAGACCCAUGCUCACAGGGUGGCAAACUUCGCCUUGGGGAUGAGGAUAGCCGCCAGGGAGGUCACCAACCCUGUAACAGGCAAACCCAUACAGAUCCGUGUGGGACUCCAUACCGGCCCAGUGUUAGCUGGGGUGGUGGGGGAAAAGAUGCCGCGCUACUGUCUGUUUGGAGACACUGUUAACACUGCCUCCAGGAUGGAGAGUCACGGACUACCUGACCACAUUCACCUCAGCACAUCCACAUAUGGUGAGCUGAAGGAUGCAGGGUUCGACAUACAAGAGCGUGGGCAGAUUGAGGUGAAGGGCAAAGGCCAGAUGACUACUUACUUCCUGCUGGGAAACCCGUUGGUGUCAGAGGACAGCAUCAUGGGAAGAGAGGAUGGAAAGACCUGCCUUUACAGGGAGGACCUUCAUGACCUGAGCAAAAAAGAGUCUGACAAAGAGCCUGAAGUGAGAAGUGAGACUGAGCAGAGAGAGACGCCCUCAGAUGGAAUGAAUGCCCGGGACCCAGUUACCCCCUUUGCCUGGGACAUCACCCCGCCUUAUGAGACCAAGGUCAGUGAACCCCAAGGAACAGGUGUGAACAUGCGCGUGCUCGCUUACGGAGUACGGCAGAACGAGGAGGUGAUUGGCGGGCGACACCAGAUGCAGAAGCUGAUUGGCUCCAGCCAGAUGACCAGCUGA